GUAAAAGGCACUCAUCGUGCCUUCCCAGCUUCAAAUUCACUACGAGUGUCGUAGCGCGUAACAAUAAAGCUCGGGGGUUGUGCGCAGCCAGGAGGUGCGAAGCGAGGAGGCUGUGCGAGGUGCGGACUAGCCGCUAUAAGAGGGACGCCGUGCGUCGCGACGCCAUCAGAACACCUGCCGCGCUCGGCCUGAGCUCGCCGCAACCCCCACGAUCUCUUACGCCGCCACUUCAAUCUCUCCACCGCAAGUGAUCGAGAAACGAGGGAGGCCGCGAUUCAGUCACGAGACUCGAGAGCGAGAGAAAGAGAGAAAGAGAGAGAGAGAAAGAGUCUCCAGUUCUUACUCGGCUCGCGCGUCGUCGCCUGUUUUCGUUUCUUUCUGAUCUCACCGUUGCUGAGACAUGUUCUCCAAGUCGAUUUCAACAUCGAUCUUCCUGGUCAUCGUUAUCGUCGUCCUCGUCGGCGCGACGUUUCACGUUGCGAGAGCAGCGAUCGGCAACGAUCACCGUCAGCAACAGAUAACGAAUGAAGCAGUUGCCAACAUCUUGGCUUAUGAAGCGGGACCGAAAGCUUCAUUCGAAGUACCGCGCGAACAUUAUCGGCCGAUUACAGACUGUAUGUUUGUUACAUCAGAAAGUGGGCCAUUCUCUUAUAUAUCGUCAACCAAUGAUGACAAUGUUUGUGGAAUAUACUUUCUAACUGAUCCUGAUCGUGUAGUAGAAAUACAUUUCCAUAGCUUCGACGUUCCUUGCGAUCAUCGUGGACUUCUGGCAGUAAUCGACGGUUGGGAAUUGAACGGCGAAAUAUUUCCAAGCGAGAACGACCAUUCAUUAUCGAUGAAAGAAAGGAUGAGCGAGUUCUGCGGUAAGAACAGAUGGUACAAGAAGACUUUUACGAGUUCGCAGAACGCUGCACUUCUCCAAUAUAGAGUACCUUUACGUGGGAAGGGCUUUGUCGUAUCUGCGAGAUAUCCAAAAAAUCCGAGACCUUGCAACGUCUUGUCGGUCAGCACGACAGAUCCAUUCACACUUCGUAAUUAUGGCAGGCGAAUUAAUUGCACUCUCGUGGCGGUAUAUCCUGGUGCCGUACGAAUAAUUGCUCUCGGAAUCGGCGGUAGCAACUCACACGGCGUAGUUCACUUAACUGAAACCGGCACUUUACGCAAAUGCGACGCGAGAAGUCCGCAGGAUCAAGUGCAGAUCGGAGGCAGCCACGGUUUUGAUACGACAAAAUUCGACAUAAUUGACGCCAUUUGUGGCAUUGAUUCCAAACCCGAUAUAAAGGAACUCGUAGAGCACGACAUAACAGCGGUACGACUAUUAUCAAGCGGCUACUACGAUAACUCGGUGACAGUGGCAAUAAGUCCAAUUGUAGACGACAGUCUACUGGAUUCCGCUUCCGGUCUUUAAAACGUCUGCUUUGAACAUUCUCGUCAUCGUCCGCCGCACUCGCUACGCAUCUAUUCUCAAAGUUUAUCUUCGAACAUGCGGACGCAAUGCCAACAUCGGGUUGUGUAAAACAUAGCGUAUCCCUCCGAUAGUUUGCAGAUUAUUUAUGUAAUUGUAUUACACAUGCGUAGAACACAGCGUAGAAUAUCGUCGUAUAAAUGUGAGUGAAAGAA